AUGCUAUUUGCAGCUGAAGAAUGUGGGUUUUCUUCAGAUAAAGUGCUGGCGGAAUGUAUCCAAUGGCUGAAAUCUUAUUUUGAUUCUGAAUUUGAAUCUGUAAAGAAGUCUCUUCCUCCUAUCUGUCCUACGGUUUAUGCCUCAAAAGGAAAAUUCACUGCAUGCGUAUGGAAAACAUUGGCUAGCAAUGUCCCCCCGGGUGAGACGGUGUCAUAUGGUGCUCUGGCUGCUCUUUGUGGAAGCGAGGGCGCCGGACGGGCAGUGGGCACUGCCAUGGCCACCAAUCCUAUUCCACUGAUAGUGCCCUGCCAUCGAGUGGUUCGAUCCGAUGGGACAUUGGGACAGUAUUCUUGUGGAAACCACAUUAAGAAAUGGUUACUAAUACACGAAGGCGCCAUUCAACCAUAA